UUUGCGACAUUAAAGAGUGUGUAUCGUACCUGAAAAGAUAUGCAGUUCCAACAUUGUUCCCAACAGCUAGGUACCCACUGUGUGGGGAGAUAUCAAUGCAGUUCGGAAACUUCAAGUCAUGCCUACCCGGGAAGUUUGAGAAAGUGGUCAUGCUUGGAAAGUGUACCUGGAACAGCAACACAAUAUCCUGAAUUCAGCUGCCAGGAAAUGCUUGCACUUCAUACAGAGAAAGAAGGUGCCCACUGAAUGGAAGCAACGUAAAUCUCAGAAUCAAAACUUCUCAACACAAUCACGGUUUCUUUGAAAUAAUGCAGCUGGCCCGCACUGCUAUCCUCUUCGUGAGCAUCUGCCUCAUUGGAGCACAUGCCACUAACGGAGUCAACAACAUCGUACGCGUCGGCGGUGCUCUCCUGGGCACUAAGCUCCUGGCAGCCAAGGCUACCGGAGGAGUCACCGCACUCGGUGCAGCCGCUGUUGCUCCUGUUCUGGUGAAGAAGCUCGUUAAGCCUCUGUUUGCACUUCCGCUGUUCAAGAAGGUCAUCCCUGUCCCACUUUUGAAGCCAGUACCAAUUCCGUUCCCCCUGAAGAGCUUCAAGGAAGCUUGGCCGCAGCAGAAAGUUUGGCCCGCUGCUUGGCCAACUGCUUGGCCCUCUGCCUGGCCUUCCGCAGCCUGGCCCAAGGUCACCCCAGCUCUGCCUCCAACUGAAAAGUGGUGGCCAUCAGCUUCCUUCGCUGGGUCCGCUUCAUUCUCUUCCUUCCCGACUUCCUUCUCCUCUCUGCCCUCAGCGGUUCCGGCUCCAGCUUACUCUCUCCCAUGGUCUUCCCCAUCUGCCGCUGUGUCUGCUGUUGCUCCUGCUGCUGCUCCAGUUUACAGCGCACCAGAGUCUCUCCCACCUGCGCCAUCUGCUGCUGUGUCUGCUGCCGCUUCGGCCGUGCCUUCGACUCCGGUCUACAGUGCACCGGCCCCUCAGUAUUCCGUGGCUUCAGCUCCAGUUGACAGCGCCGUGCAGGCUCCAGCAUAUUCCGGUACGGCUGCAACACACGCUUACAGUGCACCAGUAGCCUCGGCUUCCGCGCUGCAGGCUGCAUGGCCAGCGACUUCCGUGUCUGUCUGGAAAGCAGUUUGGCCAGCAUACGCGGGCAAGACACACGCCAGGGUUGCCGUGACAGGACCUGCAGUCAAGCUGUGGUAACGCAAGUACCUCAAGAGAAUGCAGCCACUUUUCUGUACAAAGUUCCUCUAUCGUCUCAUUCACCUCUGA